CACCGAGAUUUGUGGGACUGCGCAGCACACGCCUCCAGUGCCUGUGCCUGUGCCUUGUAACUUGUGAGACGUCUGCUUGCGACUUAGAAAAAGUAAGAGACAACUUGACGGGUUUUAAGGGUGAGCUGCCACACGUGAUAGAAGGGUGUGAGUGCAACAUAUCAAGUAUCAAAGAAAAGGUAAUACUUAAUCUUGUUGUUUGUUUAAUUGAGGAAACGAAUGUGCUGCUCUGUGAAUUGAGUAAAAGUCACAAGGAUCAAGAAUUCAGCGUAACAAAUCCAGCUUGUCAUUUGCUCCUCCAAUGGUGAAAGACACUGUUUGUUUGUUUUAAAUCCUUCUGCAAGUUCUGCAAGUGCGAGACGUCCACGAGUACUACGCUCGACUUCUUGAGAGAUUUAAAAACUGCAGUCAUUUUUCAGAAGUUCAACAAAAAUACAAACUCCCUGGAUGUGCUGAUCUUAUUCAUUUCAUGGAAGAGUCACAAGAAACGUGAGACAAGGAUUUAUUAACUGGGCGUGUAACUGAACAAGUGGAGACAGGAGGAAGGGGCGCUUCAGCCAGAAGAUUCCACCAAGAGGCAGUUUACGAGAUAUGAUCAAGAGAUGAAGAGGAUAAAUCGCCGGCUGGAGUUCAUUGCACUUUUGUUGUUUGGAUCACUUGGUCUUUUAAUUCUCCUGUUUACUGACAAUAGUGAUGAUUUGUUGGAAGUGCCGGAAAGUGAGACAGCCCAGUCGAUGCCAAAACGGCAUACAAACGGCGAUCAAGCAACCACCCCACAGAGCUCUAAAUGUAAAAUGAACACAUCGGUAGCUAAAAUCCCUGAAUUCACCCAUUUCAACGAACCAAUGAAGGAAUUUUUGCGAUUCCGCCACUGCCGUAAUUUUCCAAUUUUACUUGAUGCUCCUGAAAAAUGUGGCAAAAGACCUCAAGAUUCCUCAAAAGUGUUUCUUCUGCUGAUGAUUAAGUCUUCUCCUUUAAACUAUGACAGAAGGGAAGUCAUUCGAAAGACUUGGGGUAAAGAAAGAUUACAGAAUGGGGUCUGGAUUCGCAGGAUCUUUGUCUCUGGUGUUCCUCAAAGCAAUGUCGAUGCCCGCAGGUACAGCUCACUCCUACAAAUUGAGAAUGAGCAGCACAACGACAUCCUGCAAUUUGACUUCAUUGACACCUUCUAUAAUCUCACCCUAAAGCAAACGCUUUUCCUGGGGUGGUUGGAAACGCAGUGCCCUCAUGCUCACUUUCUUUUCAAUGGGGAUGAUGACGUAUUCGCCAAUACAGAAAAUAUGGUGCUGUUUCUGAAAGGCUUGAAAGAUAAUGAUGGCAGUGAGCAUCUCUUUAUGGGUUUCUUGGUUAUUGGCAAUGGCCCCAUUCGAGAUGCAUACAGUAAAUAUUUUGUUCCUGCUCAGAUCUAUGAGUCUCACUUGUUUCCUCCUUACUGUAGUGGUGGUGGCAUUCUUCUGUCCAUGUUUACAGCUAAGGCCAUCUACAAAGUGUUACAUGCAAUGGAAAUAUUUCCCAUCGAUGACGUCUUUCUGGGCAUGUGUUUGGAAAAGGCUGGAUUGCAACCCAUGUCCCACAGGGGUAUCCUAACUCUUGGUUUUCAAAUGCUAUCCAAUACCUUUGAGACUUUUGACCCUUGCUUUUAUCGGGAGUUGCUCUUGGUACAUUCAUUCUUGCCACACGAAGCCAUUGUCAUGUGGGAAAAAAUCCAUAAUCCUCAAAUCAAAUGUGGUACAUUGAUGGCCCCCAAACUUCCUGUAUGAACAAUCUUGUCAGUCAUGUUUUUGGAAGAUGUUAAAUCUUAAAAACCAUCAAUAACUGAUUCUAAUUUCAAUACAAGCUAUGGGGACAAUUUAGAGUUGUAAGAGAAUAAUAGAAUAUCUGCAUAAAAUGUAAAAUGAUAACGUACAGAGAAAGUGCAAACUCUGCCUAUGCUUAAUGAUCGCAAAAAGAAUGAAAUUAAAAGGAUUAAAUAUUUUUAUAAUAAUAGCAAAAAUAAUAAUAAAAGUAAU